GCGUUCACAUAACCAGAUCACAAUGACAUCUAAUUUUUUUGUGUAAAAUUUGACAUUUGACAUUUCAAGAAUUGGAUUUGUUUUCCACCCACAAAACUGUUUACUAAUUUUAUCCAGUAAAUUAUUCGAUCAUCCAAUAAAUAUGCUGGUAUUGGUUCUUGGUGAUUUGCAUAUCCCUCAUCGGGCAAGCAGUUUUCCAUCGAAAUUCCGCAAACUACUGGUACCUGGACGUAUUCAUCAUAUUCUCUGUACCGGAAACCUGUGUACAAAGGAAUCGUACGAUUAUCUAAAAACACUGGCCAACGAUGUUCACAUUGUGCGAGGCGAUUUCGAUGAGAAUCUUAACUAUCCAGAGCAGAAGGUAGUAACCGUAGGUCAGUUCCGCAUUGGUUUAUCGCACGGUCAUCAGGUUGUACCUUGGGGCGAUCCAGAGGCACUUGCAUUGAUUCAACGUCAAUUGGAUGUAGACAUUUUGAUCUCGGGCCAUACUCAUAAAUUUGAGGCGUACGAACACGAAAAUAAAUUUUAUAUUAAUCCUGGCUCAGCAACGGGAGCGUACAGUGGCGCUUACUGUUUGGAUACGUCGAUCAUUCCUUCGUUCGUUCUGAUGGACAUACAAAGUACAACAGUUGUUACGUAUGUGUACCAAUUGAUUGGUGAUGAAGUCAAAGUUGAACGAAUUGAAUACAAGAAAAUGUAACUUUUUUGGAAGAAAUUUAAGAAAUUUAUCGGAAAUGUUUGGUGUGAGCGAUAAGGAAAAUGUUUUUUUUUGUAAACUUUAUCCCGAAUUAUGAUUUACGAAUACAAUAAAAGUGUACAAUUUAACAGAAGCACUCAAA